AUGUAUCUUCAAACUUCCUAAUAUCAAAUAGUAUCUCUGAUUGGAUAAGGCUCAGCACAUUAAGUGUUUAAAGCAAAGCAUAAUCUCACUUAACAAGUAUUUGCACUUAAAAUUGAAAAAUGUCCUUAACAAGGUCAAAUAGAAGGCGAGAUUAAAAUCCUCAAUGUAUUAAAUUAAAUAGAAGGAAUCCCGCGUUUACUCGAACAUGGAAAAACACCCGAUAAUAGAUUUCUGAUAAUGCCAUAACUAAAUUGUAGCUUACGAGAUUUAAUGAAAUCUUAACAAUUGUCUUUGCCUUGCAUAUUGUCUAUCGGAUUAAGUGUUAUUAAAACGUUAGAAUAAGUACAUCGAAAAAAAAUCUUACAUCUAGAUAUUAAACCAGAUAAUAUCAUGAUAUAAUCUAAGGUGUUAAAAGAUUAAAAGGAAUAAAUACUAAUCCCUGGAUUUAUCUAAUUAAUCGAUUUUGGCUUAUCACAAUUUGUAGGUAAUUCAAAAUUCCUACAAAAUGUAUUUGUUGGAUCCUUAAAUUUUGCUAGCAGAGCAUCGCAUAGAGGAGAAUAAUUAGGCUAUAAAGAUGAUUUGGAAAGUUUAUUUUACGUAUUGGUAUACUUGAGAAAUGGCAAACUACCGUGGUCUUAAAAAUCUUCCAUGAAAUCUAAGGAUUUGGAUAUCCUCUAAAUUGGUUAAAUAAAGACUUCCCUCUUUAACACGAUGACAUUAUCCAAGAAAUUUCCAAUAGAAUUUUCGAAAUUAAUGUCCUACAUCGAUGAACUAAAAUAUGAUGAAAUGCCAGAUUACUAGUCCAUUAAAAGGUUAUUUAUUAAUAUGUUAUAAACAACUUCUUUAUCUUCAAUGAUGGACUAAUUCUUGACAUAUUCACCUAAUUAAUCAUUUAAUCAACAAGGAAACUCGGAUAUAGUUCAUAUUCCAGUUGACAAACUUAAUUUCAACAAUAAUUCCAUUGAAACUUAGAUUUAAGAAGAUCUAACAGAUGUUGAAGCUAAAGUCGAGCAUUUAUCUGAUUUAAUUGGAAAAUAUACUACUAUUUAAAUAAAAUCAAUUCUAGACAUAAAAUAUUGA